UUCUCCAUGGAUCUCCCAAAUAUUUCCUGGUAUGACGACGGCUAUGAAAACAGGACCUUCAAUGGCUCCAGCCUGGAGCAGAAGCCCACCCACUACAACUACUAUGCCAUGCUGCUCACCCUCCUGAUCUUUGUCAUCGUCUUUGGCAACGUGCUGGUCUGCAUGGCCGUGUCCAAGGAGAAGGCUCUGCAGACCACCACCAACUACCUGAUAGUCAGCCUUGCCGUGGCCGACCUGCUCGUGGCUACGCUGGUGAUGCCGUGGGUGGUCUACCUGGAGGUGGUCGGUGAGUGGCGAUUCAGCCGCAUCCACUGCGACAUCUUUGUCACCCUGGAUGUGAUGAUGUGCACAGCGAGCAUCCUUAACCUCUGCGCCAUCAGCAUUGACAGAUACACCGCCGUGGCCAUGCCCAUGCUGUACAACACCCGCUACAGCUCCAAGCGCAGAGUCACCGUGAUGAUCGCCGUGGUGUGGAUCCUCUCCUUCGCCAUCUCCUGCCCGCUGAUGUUUGGGCUAAACAACACAGACAAGAAUGAGUGUAUCAUUGCCAACCCUGCCUUUGUUGUGUAUUCUUCUAUCGUCUCCUUCUACGUUCCUUUCAUUGUCACCCUGCUGGUGUACGUGCAGAUAUAUAUAGUGUUGCGGAAACGCAGAAAACGGGUCAACACCAAGCGCAUCGCCAGCCACGUGGGCCUGGACACAGACGCGCGGGCCCCGUUGAAGGAGACAUGUACCCAUCCAGGAGACAUCAGACUCUGCACACUUAUGGUGAAAAGCAACGGGAGCUUCCCGGUGCACAAGGGCAAAGUGGAGGCAGUGGACCACAUGGAAGAGAUGGAGAUGGCCACCAGUACCAGCCCACCAAAGAACAACAUUCAGCCACCUCUGCCAAGUGACAAGGAACCAGCUGAGCCAGCUGCUUCCAACCCCUGUGCCAAUUUAACUCCACAGUCCCCUGAAAACAGCCCCCUCGACAUGCAGAAGAACGGGCACACCAUAGACAAUUCCAAGAGAGCCAGGUUCUUUGAGACGCAGACGAUGCCCAAUGGCAAGACCAGAACAUCCCUCAAAACUAUGAGCAGAAGGAAAUUUUCACAACAGAAGGAAAAGAAAGCCACCCAGAUGCUUGCCAUUGUGCUUGGUGUUUUCAUCAUCUGUUGGCUUCCUUUCUUCAUCACCCACAUUCUGAAUAUGCACUGCAACUGUAAUAUCCCACAAGUCAUGUAUAGCGCCUUCACGUGGCUUGGAUACGUGAACAGUGCCGUCAAUCCCAUUAUUUACACCACCUUCAACAUUGAGUUCCGGAAGGCCUUUAUGAAGAUCCUUCACUGCUAA